AUGUCAGAAUCACAUAACGGAUCUUGUCUUUGCGGUGCCAUCAAGAUUAAGCUCAAUGGCGCACCUGUCAAGGUCAUGACCUGCCACUGCGUCGACUGCCAAAAGUCCGCAGGCGCUCCAUACCAAUCCAACGCCAUCUUCAACACCUCCAACGUUGAGGUCGAGGACCCCAAGGGAUAUGCCAAGAUGUACCUUGUUCCCAAGGAGCAGACCGGUAGUGGUGUUGAGAAGCAAAAGUGGUUCUGCAGCAACUGCGGCAGCCCUCUGUUCAACCGCCCCAUGAAGUACGAAGGUCAAAAGUCGGUUGUCAAGACCGGUAUCUUGGACGCUCCUGCUGGUUUCGAGGGCUCUCCACUGGAUCAGCUCAAGCCCGUUUCUGAACUCUAUACCAAGGACCGUGCUUCGUUUGUCAAGCCCCUUGAUGGUGCCAAGCAGUUUGCGGCCGCUGCUCAAUAA